CCCCGUGCAGCGCUUGGGAGGCGGCGCGGCGGGGGCGACCCGGCGGCAGGCCCGCCCCGCGCGGUGCCCGCCGUCACUGCCGCGGGCGCUUGGCCCGCCGGCGCCUCCCCCGCCGCGGCGGCCUGAUGCGGCACCCGGCACCGCCCCGCCUGGCUUUUCCCCCCUUUUUCCCCGAAAUCCCUCCGUCUUGAUAUCUCUGAGGGCGAGGUGGGGGCGGUGACGCCCCUUGCCCGGUACGCCGGCCAUGCGGGGCGCGGUCCCCGGCGGCCCGGCGGCGGGCGGCGGACGCUGAGCGCGGGCGGUGGCGAUGCCGAUGCCGGGGGGCGGUGGGGCCGCGGCCGCCGCCAGGCAAACUUCCUCCGGCGAGGCGGCGGCGGCGGCGCCGCGGGACGAGGAGCAGCAGGAGGAGGAGGGCGAGGAGGAUCUCCGCGACGGUGGCGUCCCCUUCUUCGUCAACCGCGGCGGGCUGCCCGUGGACGAGCCCACCUGGGAGCGGAUGUGGCGGCAUGUGGGCAGGAUCCACCCCGAGGGGGAGAGAGUGGCGCAGAGGAUCCGGGGCGCCGCCGACCUGCCCAAGAUUCCUAUACCAAGUGUGCCUGCGUUCCAGCCGUCCACCCCCAUCCCUGAGCGCCUGGAAGCUAUACAGCGCUACAUCAGGGAGCUUCAGUACAAUCACACUGGGACACAAUUCUUUGAGAUUAAGAAGAGCAGACCUCUGACUGGGCUGAUGGACCUGGCCAAAGAAAUGACCAAAGAGGCCCUGCCAAUAAAAUGCCUGGAAGCUGUGAUCCUGGGAAUUUACCUCACCAACAACAUGACCACGCUGGACCGUUUCCCCAUCAGCUUCAAAACCCACUUCUCAGGGAACUACUUCCGACACAUUGUGCUGGGGGUGAACUUCGGAGGCCGCUAUGGGGCCCUGGGCAUCAGCCGCCGCGAGGAGCUCAUGUACAAAGCACCUGUCUUCCGCACACUGAGCGAGCUCAUCUUUGACUUUGAGGAGGCAUAUCGCCGCUGCUGGCACACGCUCAAGAAGGUGAAGCUGGGCCACUGCGUGUCCCAUGACCCACACAGCGUGGAGCAGAUUGAGUGGAAGCACUCCAUCCUGGAUCUAGACAAGCUGACACGGGAAGACUUCCGCAAGGAGCUUGAGAGACAUGCCCGCGAUAUGAGGCUGAAGAUUGGGAAAGGAACUGGGCCAUCAUCUCCCACCAAGGACAGAAAGAAAGAUGUCUCCUCCCCACAAAGAAGUCAAGCCAGCCCCCACCGGCGCAACAGCCGUGGGGACCGACGACCAUCUGGUGAGAAGAAGCCCGCAGAUUCCAAAGCCAUGCCAGACCUCAAUGGGUACCAGAUCCGAGUGUGAAAAGAGCUGUGCCACGUGUGCCUGUUUCCACAGACUUCUUGCUGACCACAGAUGGGACCUGGACCCACCUGCAGUGAUUCUGACAAAAGGGACGGGGGAGCAGGAGCAGAACAGUGCUGACCUUCCCAGGUACUUCCUAGUGGGACAGCCCCAGGGCUGGAUCCCAUGGGUCCCAGAGAAUUCACCUGCCUGUUUCUGGGAGAGGUGUCCAUCUCAAUUCACUGAAACAAGUAUUUUUAAAAAAAAAAAAUAAAAAAGGUCUGUACAUUGGUGGGAGUUUGCUGCAGGAAGAAUAUGAAGGUAGUGGGGUCAGCAGACUUGCUUUUUUUGUGUGUUGACAGCAAGUAGAUGAAGCAUCUUGUCACCAGUACUUCUUCUGUCUGCACAGAAGUCUUCAACCCAUGCAAGGCCUGCAGGGCUGAGGGAGAAGUGAUGCUGAAAUGGAAUGUCCCCCACAUCUUGUACAGAAACUCCUGGUUUUUCUUUAUGAACACUUUGUUUAGCAUUGCCCUCCUGAGAGACAGAGCUGAAUUUACUCAGCCUGAUCAUACAAGAGCCUCUUAUCUGGAGAAAUGAUAUCUUAUGUGUUUAGUCAUACCUAUUUGAAAGCAUUUCAUUGUCACUGAGGGGGCAGACAGUGGGGUGAUGAUCCCCUAACCCACUGUGAUGCUGGACAGGUGUUGCUGUAAGUCCUUUUGUGGUUGAGUGGGUCAGGAUAUGCCUGUGCCACUGCCAUAUGAAAAUAGGCAAAGAGACCUCAAUUGUCCCAGGAGGCAGGGGCAGGUAGAGACUGGUGGGAAACCUGAACUUGGAGUCAUCUCUUCAUAGUCCUUCUAACUUCUAGUGGCUGCUACUGUGAAAGCUUGCAGAAGGCACUUCAGUCACUCAGGUAUGAGUUAAAGAAGGAUUUAAUAAUGUGAAUAGGUUUUACAAGCUUUUUCCAUUUCCACAAAGAUCUUGCUCCUUCCUCACUGUAGUGUUAGUGCUAGGGUUACAGACACCUGUUGGUGGAAAGCCCUGCUCAAGUGAUUGCAGCUGCUUUCUUGACAGCUCAGCCUGGAGCUUCCUGAAAGCAGUUCCCCACCCCAGUCCCAGAGCUGUGCUUGUGUUCUGGCUCUUCAGACAGCUGCAGUAUUCAGCAGCAGCACUUAUGCUUGCCUGCCCCAAAGGGCUGGGCCAGGCCUUUCUGCCUGCUUACAGCCUUGACCCUUCCUACGCUUCUUUUCAGGAGAGUGUUGUACUACUGAUUAAGCAGUGUAACGCUUGUCAGAAACCUGGAGCAUUGUCAGGCCUCUCUUUGAGGCCUGGGGCCUGGAAAGAGUGGGACUGCCAGAAAUCAGAACAGCAUGGGCUUGAUGUGAUUUGGAUGUGUGGAUCUGGGGGAUGCAAAAAACUCGUGCUUGGGAGUGGGAGUAUCCUUGAGAGAAAAUGAGCUUUGUUUUAUCACAGCACUGACAAGGAGCUUAAACUUCCUAAAAUACUACAUACUUAGUUUUGUUGGAAUUGGGUUUAUUGUUUCUGGUGGUGUUUUGCUGCAGUAUUGCACCCUCAUAUAAGCAGUGCUAUUUUGGUGGCAGAGAAUGGGUUCUUAUCCCCAAAUAAAUCAGCUCUUCUGCUGAGUUAAAACAGUGUUAAUCCUUGAAGCACCGCCCACAAGCGAUUUAACUCAGGCCUCACAGGUUCCUAAUUGUACAUUCUUAAGUGUGAUGUAACUUGCAAGGAUCUAUAUCUGUACCACUGCAGGCUGUCCUUCCAAGCUCUCUUUGUAGUGUGGACUUUUCUGCUACAAUGUACAACGGGGAGGACAAUCCCUAGGGAGGUGGCAGAACGUGCUGCUGAUCCAAGGUAAUGGUAAUCCAGAAGAGGAUGCCAGUUUUCCACAGUGCAGUGCAACACCUAUCCUGUCCUUUGCACUCCAACUACAUACAGCAGUUUGAAAUCAGCAGAAGGGAGGCAAGCAUCCAUUUGAAUGUGUCUUCUGGUAAAUUUUGUGUGGCUGUAAAUUAAGACAUAUACUGUCUGGAUGCUGACAGUGAUGUUAGCUGUAAAGGUACCACAGUUACCUGUAAAUAAGAUGGGUCACUUGGAAGCCACAAACUGCCUUUGCAUAAUGUUUGCUACAUGCAAUGGACUCAAGAGUUCAGGUGCCACUAUGAAUCACAUGAUAAACAGAAGCAGCAGCGAGCAAGGGAGGCCAAGUGCCACAUUUUAUUACAGUGGAUUAAAUCCAGAAAAAAAAGAUGACAGCCAAUUAAAUGAAAGUAGGAUGCAUCCUCACCAUGAUUUUGGUUGGUUGGUUAAUUCAGAGUAACUGGAAAGCUCUUGAAAAUAAUUAGUACCUUUAUAACCUUUGAUGAGCCUUUUUAGAUGGAAAGGAAGAGAAGUAUGUUGGAGGGAGGAAGACUUCAAAGAAGAUGGGGCAAGUGAGGGGUCAGCUGCAAGCUAAUAAUGCUUUCAUGAGUGGAGGGCAAAAGGGAUGCUCAGCAGUGUUAGAUCAUAAAGUUGGAAUGGCUUAAAACAAAAUGCUUUUCUUUGACCUGGUAGUUAAGCACUUUCCUGCAGGAUGUAACUAAGGCCAAUAUAAAACCAAAGGAAGCGGAUGUUUAAGGAAUGAAUGACAAGUAGAGUUUAAGGUCUCUUAAUUCUCAGCUAUAGCCAGACAAGGAUAUUAUCUUUCAAGGUUUAGUUGUACUAUUAUGUAUGUUAGGAGGCAACUCUUGUGUAUCUGAUGAUGACUUCUCAAGAUGGACACAGUAGCAGACAUGAGCCCUCCUCUAGGGUUACUAUUUCAAGCCUUUUACUAUGUCUCUCUGCGUGGUAGAAUUCCUGCCCCUCAUGUUUUCUCUAUCUCCAGAUCAGCAAAUGGUGCAAGAAACUGGAAAAUGACCAAACAGUUGUUCCCCUCUUGUUCUUGUG